GUGGAACGUGCCAUCUGCCUUAUCGCUUCUGAGACCCUUGUCAGUGAAUUAGAGGUGAACAGUAGAGGCAAGGCUGUCAAGGUCCCUCACACUCUUAACAAGUCCUCAGGCAAGAUCAGCGGCUCUCAAAAGGCCUUCUUGGACACCAAUUUUGGUGUAAUGACCAGGUGUUACAUGACAUCUAUUAACCGCCUGCAAGAAUUGGUCCUCCAGGAUGUCUGGGGACAGGCGAAGGAGAUCGCCUUGAAGAGGCAUGGUGCACCCUCCGCUGUAGACGAAAACUCUGAGGAUGAGCACAUGCUCAUCUUCUAG